AUUUAGAAAGAUCUACGAGAAACAUCUGCAACACCCGGAAGAUUGUAUGUGCAGGAGAGUAGUACAUGGUCAAAAGUGUUGCUGGUGCCUUUAUUGCUUAUUAUUGUUUUGACGAUCUGGUGGACAGUGAAGACGCUUUCCGUCAACUACAAAGUGAUAAAUCGACGACGGGUUCCUUACAUGUUCUUUUAUAAAGAGAGAUUAGUCUAUAAGUACCGUUGGCACGAAUCCGUCAUUGUGAAUCAUUGAUUGCGGGUUUGACACCUAAAACAGUACUAACUGGUUUUGCGGCGGCCUGUUGAUGUGCCGUAGUUGUAAUUUUAUUGUUGAACGCAGUAACGCAGUAUCAGAAGGAAAACCAUCCGCCGAUGUUACUGAACAUGUUACAGAGAGCGAUGAAGACCGCGAUCCGCAAAGAGCCAUUGUGGUUACGUAACAAUCUUAAACCGCUGGGAUCCGGUGCAUGGAGCACCCAUACCGAUUCUGUAUAUCCAUUCAGCAGCAUGUCAUGCUCGCUCAAACACCAUACCGACCCGUUAUGUUCUCUGUACAAUCACCCAUAAAUUUCACGCCAAGCAGCCGAGACGUUAAGGCAAUGAUGCAGCCAUUAUGCAUUUCGUUCGCUGCUGCAUUCCCAGCUGUUAUACAAGUGGAAGUCGACUGGAUAGUGGAUAGCCAGUCUCUGUGUAGGUGUCGCAGCAACAUAAUCAUGAUCCUGCAUUUCCGUAUUCCGUUCACAACACCCUUCUCUCAGGGGACAGCAUUCCGCAUCAGCAUCCUGUACGUCGUGGCCGGCGCACUGGCCACUUGCCUUCAGACUGCUGUAUACACGUUCGUCUUCCUGUACGAAGCCGUGUACGAUUGGCGCGGGAACCUCGUUCUGGCGCGACUGCCGCUGGGCCUGCUCACCGGCCUGUGCUACACGGGCACCGCGUAUCUCCUGCGUCAGACCAGCCGCCACCUGGCCCGUUCGCCAUACCACACGCUGUCGCACAGCCACGUCCGCCGGUUACAAUCCCUGUGCGCGACCAACAUGGCGACGUCGCUCCUCCUGCUGGCCAUGUCCGCCUACCUGCUCAUCCCGCUGUCCGAAUUCAUCCAGGGUCCCCAGCUGGACACCAUCCCCGCACCUUCGACCGGCCAUACGAGAGAGAAGGCAUUCGAUCUGGCCAGCAACGCCCUCGGGGUGCUGCUGGUGCACGCCGGGGUGGGAUUCCUAGCGGCCGGGAUGCUGUUGGUCAGUGGGUGCACGCUAUGCCGCUGUCCGUUGCCGCCGCCGGUCGUCCUGCCGUCCGCCCCGAUGAUGCCGGCCUCGGACGGGAAUAAUCAGGAAAUCGCCCGAGACUCGGAUUGUGCCACGGAGCCGGCAGUUUACUGCGAGUCAGAAGAGUUUUCAUGCGUAUAACAGCCGGACAAGGGAUUCCCUACGCUCUUUGAUGCACAGUGUGAUGGUGUGCUUAUGUAAAUACUUCGGAUUCUCAAAAUAAUGUUACACGUACAUGUACAUUCUAACGUAACAUGUACAAUACAUGUACAUGUACAUAUACAAUACAUGCGCACAUAGUACAUGUACAUAUUAUAGUACAUGCACAUAUAAAUGCACAUGUAUUUACUUCAUUGCGCUUACAUGUUUUAUUACGCAAUGUGGAAAUUGUUGGAUUGGUACCGGACACCAGAGACACGAUCUUCUUCCGCGUUGUUUCACAUAUCGAAAACUUUUCAAAAACUAAAAGUACGUAAUAACAAUUGUUUUUAUAUAUAACAAGCUUGUACAGAUACAGCGAAAUUAGUACAAAAUUUUCCAGGUUUCCAAUGUGGAACAACGCAGAGAAUACCCUGUCCCUUGUGUCUGGUAUGCGUAUCCGUAGUGCGAAAGAGCGCGAAAUGCGAUAAACGACGAAGUGCAUAUUCAUAAUUAUACCGUGACUUUGGACGUUGCCGCUCUACAUUAGUGCAGACAGACUUAUAAGGAACUCAGUAAUUGUUAGUCCUUAUGUCAUGUCGUUGUUGAUGCUGUUGAUGUUGUUGCUAUGUUGCCACAACAGACUGACAAUGGUAAAGAUAUCGCAGCUAUCCUAGCAACUUAAAUUGCACGCUAAUUCGGAUGAAAUGUUCUGCAUGGUGAUCAGGCCGCCUGUUUCCGUAAUCGGCUGAAGCUGUGUAAUCAGUACAAAUGUCGUGUACUUUUAUACUUUAUAGCAACCUGUGACUGUAUAAUAUUUCGCCAGUCUCAAUAUAAAAUUAAUAGAGCUUUUGCUGUUGUGCCUAAUAGUACUCAAGUUGU